UUUUAGCCGCAACAGCGCUGUGUCUGCUUGUCAUUAAAAAAUUGAGAAUUGUUUGGGUCCACGUGUUUUUAAUUAUUUAUUGAAUUUAUUUUAAAAGAAGGAUAAAAAGAAUUAUUGACAAUGAAGCGAAAAGAUGCAGAAUUAACGAGUUCUGAAUUAGACUCAAAGAAAUCCAAGAAGUCAGUAAAUUUUGCCUCUCAAGUUCAUGUCAGAGAAAUACCAAGAAAGGAUGAGAAACCAGAAAAAUUUUCUAAACAAGACAAAAAGAAAAAGAAGGGAAAAUUCGAGAAGCAGACAAUUGUAAAGAAACUGGAAAAAAUAACAUUAAAAAAGGAGAAAAUUAUAGCAGCAAAAACACCAGAGAACAAAUCGAUAUUAAAGAAACCACAAAAAUCCCAAUCACCAAAUGUCGAUAAACCGUCAGUAAUAAAAAAUUCCGAGAAUCCAAAAUCAAAGAAAAAAUUCGAAAGUCCUAAAUCACAGAAAAAUAAUGAUAAAUCAAAUAAGGUAUUUCAAAAGAACAAAUAUCCUCAAAAUGACGAAUCAAGUGAAAAAGUUGAUUGGUUAGAUUUUAAAAAGAAGAAAAAGGCACUCAAGGCUCAACGAAAAAUUAAAAAACUGACAACCUUGUAUGAUAUUUCUGUACAAGCCAAGAAAAUUGGGGAAAAAUUACGAGUGAUCGAAGCCGACAAUGAAAAUCGUCAAAAAUUAUCAACAGAAUUACAUGAAUUAUUAAAAGGAAAUUAUACAAAAUUCAUUUUAACACACGAUAUGUCACGUGUUAUACAAUGGCUAAUUAAAUAUUCCAACACGGAAAUUCGUCAAUCAAUUAAAGAUGAAUUAGAAUCUUUAUUGAUUGAAAUGUUUCAAUCGAAAUAUGCAAAAAAUUGUAUCAAAGCAUUUUUUCAAUAUGGUUCCGAUAAAUUGAGAAAAGAAAUUUUCACCGCUUGCAAUGGUCACAUUAUUAAAUUAUCAAGUCACACAGUAUCAGCACCAAUUUUUGAAUUUGCUAUCUCUGAACAUGCAACAGAUGCGGAUAAAAUUCGUUUUAAACAAGAAUUUUACGGUGACAUGUAUAAACAUGCAAAAGACGAGAAUAUCAAGACACUUGAAGAUGUUUUUAAAACUGCCACCGAUAUGAAAAAAGCAACACUUUCAGCAGUCAAGACAAAUUUAAAUCGAAUUUUGAAUAAAAAACUCGCAUCAUCACCAAUUGUUCAUACGGUUUUAAGUGAGUUUUUGUCAAUUUGUACUGAUGAAGAUCGAGAUGAAUUGAUACCACUGCUUAGAAGUUUAAUAGUCGAUUUAACGAAAACCAAGGACGGCACAACAGUUGGAAUGUUAACAAUUCGUCAUGGAUCAAAUAAGGAUAAGAAAAUAAUCAUGAAAUCACUCAAGGAGCAUGUAAAGGAAAUUUCUAUCUCUGAACAUGGACAUUUAUUGAUUUUUGCACUUGUUGAUAGUGUGGACGAUACGGUUCUUUUGAAAAAAAUCAUUCUCACAGAAAUAAUUAACAAUGUCAAUGAAAUUAUUCUCAAUGAAUAUGGAAGAAAGGUAAUUUUAUAUCUUGUUGCGCAUCGAGAUUCACAUUAUUUUCAUCCAGCAAUGGUGGAAUCGUUGAAGAAGGAAAAUGAAAAUACAGCCAGCAAGAAGCCAAUUGAAUUAAAAGAGAAAGAAAUUUUAGAUGGAGUUAUUGAAAAAUUACUGGAAAAUAUUGUAGCAGAAACUAAAAUAUGGCUAUCAAAUUCAUCAAUUCAAAUGGUUACACUAGCAAUUAUUAAUUCGAAUCAUGAAAUUAAUUUAGAAUCAACAUUUCAAGCGAUUGCUGACUUUUUAAUUAAUGAAGAUUCAAAAAUUAUCGAAGAUGACAAAGAAUAUAGUGCGAUUGAACACACGGGUCUUCAUUUAAUUCUCAAAAAACUUUUUCAAAAAAGUACAAUUUUUCUGGAAAAAAAUAAAACAUCCCUUGGUGAUAUUAUGUUAAAACUUUUAGAUUCUCAAAUUUUAGAAAAAUUCAUACAAAUAAAUAGAGGAUGUUUUUUGUUAAUUUUUUGUUUAGAAAAUUCAUCAUCAAACGUUGUAUCAAGUUUAUUGACAUUGUUACAACCAUUGAAAAAGAAAUUGACGUCAUUAGAAAGUCCUGGUGCUAAAAUUUUGUUGAAAAAACUCAAGGAUUGUAAAUAAUGUUAUUUUUUUUACUUAAUUAUUAUAAAUAAUUAUUAAUAAUCAAUUAAAAAUCAUUUUAAUACUUGAUUAAUCAAGUAACUGUAUAUUCAGGAAUUAAUAAACAUUUUUAAUGUUAUCUAA